AUGCAUGAACGAGAUGACCGUUCUACGGUGCCAUUGUUCUCGCCGUCGUCGAUGAAGGCGGUGGCGGAAAUGUCCCGACGUAGCGGACGAAGGGCCGCUCGCCAUUGUCACGCCGGAAACGCAUUCGUGCCAAAGGAGCGCAGGCCCGCUGGCUACGAGCAGCCUCGAGCAGCCUCGAGCAGCCUCGAGGUCAAUGCGCUCCCCCUUUCGAGAAAGGCGCGCGACGCCCGCGCCAUUGUGUCCGCCUCCGCUCCGGGGCGGCGCAUCAAGGCAGCAUGCGCCGCAUGCACCACGAGAGUGAACGCAGGGUGCAAGGCAGGUCCAAAGGCGAGGAGCAGGAAGUUGCCGUCAGCGUCGCUAGUCAAGACCGUCAACAAAGCCAGCAGCGGAGCCGCGACAAGAAAUCCUGCGAUCCUCAUCAACAUGAGCGGGAUCUAUUGUGCCUUUGCAGCCGAACAACAGCUCUCGCGCAGAUGGCCACGCCGCGGCAAGAUCAGCCUGAGACCAUGGGAGCUGCGCAGCGCUGCAGGGUUUGAGCGAAAGAAGCUUGCCUGCGUGCGUGGCAGCGCUCGCGAAACUUUUGGCCUGCCACCAAGCGAGGGCAACGCAGUGCAAUGGCCCGGGUGGUGGUGGGGUGCAUCUCCAAAAGCCGUCGUCAAGUCGACCUCUCCGAUCGCCAGACGUCACAUUUGGUACGGGUCGAAAGCGGGGCGAGGUGACAGUGCCGAUAAGAAACGUGCCGCUCCUGUACCGCGACCCAAGGCGGUGGUGUCUCGAGACGACCCCCACCCAGCUGCGCCGCCAGGCGAGGCUGUUAUCCGCGCGCACGGUCGCUCGAAAGACACACGAGCUCAGCAGUGGGGCGGCUCGGCAGAACGUCACGACUCGACAGAUAUCUACGGUCUCCGCUACUGUAGCUUACCGCACAUUCCGUUCGGAUUGCCAGCCAAGACCGCCGUGUCUAGCUUGGAAAUCCAGCACGCGCGGAUUCGACUUGAUCGCGCUCGAAUGGAUUUGCCAGCCGAGGCUCGCUUAGGGCUGCCGGCUGGUCGCGAAACGGCGCUCCACAGUAGCGCUCGGCCAACUGCAAACAUCGCUUUGCCUCGGCGUGCUGGUUUGGCCCGCAAAGACGCCUCUCCCGCAGCUUGUGCCGUCAAUGCCUUCGCCACCCGGCCUCUGAGACGCGCCAUGCCGGCUCGCUCCCAGAGCACUGGAGAUCGUGGCGAGGUGGCUGCCAUGAUCCAGUGGCGCGAGGCUUUCCGCCGGGAUAUGCAACCACACUUCCAACCCAAGCUCAACCGUCGUAGAAGGCCCCUCGUCGCCGACCAACAGGGUUCUGCCGGCAUGAAAAUCAAUCCCCUCCGCACGACGGGUCUGCAGAGGCGGGACUCUACCGCCUCAACAAACGAGGACGAGUGGGAGCCACAUAGUAGUGCCCGGAGCUGUCGUACAGAGCAUGGCUUGGCACCGUCGAGGUGGCAUGGCGUGGCACUCCGUCGGACGUCCAGACCACUUCCGGGUGCGUUGUUCGCGAUUAGAUUUACAACGUCGACCAGAGGGCCAGCCGAGACCCUCUACGCCGGAGUCGCUGUAACGAGGAGGCUGCUGUGUCACGCACAUGGCGCUUGCGGCGCCGCCAACGUGUUUGCAGCCCUGUUGGCACGGGCCGCUUUCGACCGAACGGGCGUGACGAGCCUGGGCCAAGCGUCGAAGGUUGUCUUCCUUUCAGCGACGGUUGCCACUGCUGCCACCUCAAGCGUUCCAAGCAUGCAGAUGGGUCGACUUCACUUGCCCAAAACUGAGCUGCAGGUGCAUGCACGCGGGUCGCCGGUCUCAGCUGCAUUUGGCAGCUCAAAAGUGUUCCUCUGCAUAACGACCCUGAGCGACCCUUGGCCUCUCACAGCCGAGCAACGGGAGAUAUCCCUCAGCUCCCUUGCCCCGGGCAUGCCCGACUCGGCACCUUGGCACCUUGGCCGCUCCCAGCCGGCGAACCUCGGCAGCCUUUUCCACGCUAGCAAGCCGUCAAUUCAGUCUGGGUCGGCUGACAAGGGUGCCGGUGUAGCCCGCCGCGUAGUGCACGGCGCUGCAAGCAGGAAUCUGGGUAACAUGGACGAGGCCUCACGGGCCAGAGUGACAUCUCGCCCCGUUUUGCCGCCAAGCAAGCCAACGUGCCCCGCCGAGCUCGCCGCGCUGAAUCCCCAGACUCUGCGUGGCAGGCGUACCGAGCGCACAGCCGUAUGCAUGCUACACACCACCUUGUCAACGACGCUGCGAGCGUUGUUGCGAUCGGACUGUAAGGUGUCGUGGCUGGUGGUCAGGUCGGACUUGACACCUGGCAAUUUGGCGCUCAGCCCGGCGGAGAAGAAUCAGACAUUCGAACCGACUUGCGUUCGGCACCACAUCUCCCGGGCGGGACUGGAUGUUGUUCGGGAUGAGCUGGCUUCGACGCAGCUCCGACACCCCCUUGCGUCUGGUCCAACGGUGUUGCACUUUGUACGAAGUGGCACAAGAAGGCUCAGCUUCAAAGAGCUGGCCGGCAGCUCGAGGAAUAUUCGGCCUGCCGCGGCCACGUCGGAGUGCGAAUUCGGUACGAGGACCCUAAAUUCUCGAAACCCUGUCUCGAUGUCUCAUUGGCUCGAACCAGUCUUGGGAUCCCGGGGUCUGGAGCCACACUUCUCUCGCCCGGUCUCACUGCGCCGCUUCCUUCGGGGGAGGCUCAGAAGCCCGGUCCGUGCCGUCAAGGCUAGCUGCCACGUCGACCAGUGCAACAACCCAUUGACGGUCCAGCUCUCGAGUGGCGGAGGCCUCCCCAACAUCCGACUCCCGUGUUGCCGCGGCGAAGCGGAGCUCCAUGUCGGCCAAGCCUAUUCGCACGAUGUGGUCCGAGCCUUGACCCGACCUUACUCGGUCGCAAACCCGGGCGAGUUUCGGCCGGUUGGCCGGUACGCACUCCGACACGCAUCGCAGCAUGGCGGAGGCCGACGGCGUCCAGGAACGUCGCAGCCAUGUUACGCCAUCGCCAAGACCGGUCAUGCUGCGCACAUUUGGGCCACGGCAAGGCACGUACCGGUGCACACGACAGCCUUUGGCGUGUACCUUCCACUGCCAGGACUGAGUCAAGCCUCGCGAGCGUUGCGUGACCAGCAGGGUCGUCAAGAUUCAGCCUGGUGCUCGCAUGGGUGCGGUCCGGGUUCGGCGAUUUCGCCUGGCACACUCUCGUACGCUCCCGCCAUCCACCAGCUCACCGUCACAUCCGAACUUCGCUACUUCGCUACUUCGCUACUUCGCUACUCCGCUACUCUGUCCCAACCCCCUGAACCCACUCCCAGCGCCAACACUAGCCUGAACACUGCCAGGCGCACUCUUCGAGGCACAAUCCCCAACGAGUCGACGCUAGAAAGCUCUGCCAACCAAUGGAGGGACUAA